CUCGUGUCAUAAUCCAAGUGUAUAUCUGAAGCAAACAAACUUAUGUUUCUUUAUAAAUCAUCACCAACCAAGCUUUCUAAUACCAUAAUUGUUUCCUUCAACCCACUCUAAUGGCAAAUUCAUUAACCUUCUUCCCCAUUUUAAUGCUGUUGUUUACCUGUAACGUGUACACUAAUGCAUGUUAUCCGUCAAUUAUAAGCUUCGGGGAUUCCCUUGCUGACACCGGAAACCUAAAAGAAAUGGCCUCUAAAUCCAACGUUCAGCCACCCCAUUUCUUGUUUCCACCUUAUGGCGAAACGUUUUUCAAUAAACCCACUGGACGUUGUUCUAAUGGACGUUUGAUCAUCGACUUUGUUGCUGAGAGUCUUGGGCUGCCGUUGAUACCACCGUCUCUGGGAAGCGAGACGAACGUCUACGUGACGGAGUUGGGAGAAGGAGUGAAUUUUGCGGUGGCGGGGGCGACGGCGUUGGAUUCGUCGUUUCAUGAAGCAAGAGGGGUUGGUAUUCCGACGAAUGCAUCUUUGGGAGUUCAGUUGGGAUGGUUCAAAGAUUCGUUAUCAUCUAUAUGCCCUGCCGUUUCAGACUGCAAACAGUUAAUUGGACAGUCUUUAGUUCUCAUGGGAGAGAUCGGAGGUAACGAUUACAAUCAUGCAUUAAUUGCCGGAAAAUCUAUCGAUGAGGUUGAAACAUAUGUUCCAUUUGUUAUUAACACCAUCAUUUCAGCAGUCAAUGAGCUUAUUGAGCUAGGAGCUCAAACACUUGUUAUACCAGGAAACCUACCAAUUGGAUGUUCUGCUGCUUAUUUGACGAUCUUUUAUGGCUCUGAUAAUGUCCAAUAUGACAAUUCAACCGGAUGCAUUAUCACGUUAAACAAGUUUGCUGAGUACCAUAAUGAACUUCUACAAAGAAAAUUACAACAAAUACGAGAGCUUCAUCCUGAAGUCAACAUCAUUUAUGCCGACUACUACAAUGCUGCCAUGCAAUUUUUUCGUUCUCCAAACAAAUUUGGAUUCACAAAUGGAGCGCUAAAAGCAUGCUGUGGAGGUGGAGGACCGUUUAAUUACAACCCGUCAAUACAUUGUGCAGACUCAUCAUCCACUUCAUGUGCACAACCAGAGACAUAUGUUAACUGGGAUGGGUUACACUUAACGGAAGCUGCCUACAAAGUUAUCUUCAAGAGCAUAUACGAAGGAUCAUACACAACUCCUCAGUUCAACACUUUAUGUCCAAGUUCAACGUUACAAGGGCGAGGAGGUUUGUCAAGUUCUAUUUAAAAACUGAAAAGUUUCUCUAUUCUUAUUCUAGCAUUUGGGUACAAGUAAUUAAACAUGGGAAAAUGGAUGUUUUGUAAUAAUUAAAUUAAGAUGUUAAAUAGUUUGUGUUAUUAUAUGUAGAUAUGAGUAAAUAAUGUAUUUUAAUUUAUAUGAUUUUUAGUACAAUUAUUUUACCCACAAAUUGAAUUGGGAAACUGAUUUGUUUGGUGAAUUUAUUGAAUUGUUAAUAUUUGGA